CAGGACAGAUCUGCCAGCAGUUCCACCAUGUCAGAUAGUGACUUCGGGGAGGAUGAUGGGAGCAGUUGUCAGGAUCCGUUACAGCCUGGCAAGAGGAAACGGAGGGGCAAUCUUCCAAAGGAGUCAGUGAAGAUUCUCCGGGAGUGGUUAUACGAACACAGGUUCAAUGCGUAUCCAUCAGAACAAGAGAAACUCAGCCUUUCUGGACAGACAAACCUCUCUGUUCUUCAGAUCUGUAACUGGUUCAUCAACGCCAGGCGAAGGCUCCUACCUGACAUGCUGCUAAAGGACGGGAAGGACCCCAACCAGUUCACCAUUUCUCGCCGAGGUGCCAAAGCUGGUGACGUGGCGCUGCCCCGUGGAGCGGCCACAAACCCCGGACUCUUGAUGGUGCCCCCUGCUGCCGCCACAUCCUCCUCUUCCUCCUCCAAGGUGCUGUCCAUGCCCGUGUGCCCCCCCAUGAUCUGCCAUGCCGCACGGCCGCUUGCUGGAAACGUGACUGUGAUGACGAGCGAGCUGGAGAACCGUCCGGCCUUCCAGCGGGUGGAGCUGGAGCCUCACCCCAAGCAGCCGCAGCUGAGCACGACGGGCAGCACCCUGGCUCUCCUGUCCAGGGCAGAGGCGGCCAGUCCCACCAGCGGACUCUUCAACACGCCGCCCCCCACCCCUCCGGAGCUCUUUGGCGAGGACUUCAGCAGCUUCCAGCUCUUGGUGGAAGUGGCUCUCCAAAGGGCCGCCGAGCUUGACUCGCAGAGGCUGAGCGGGCAGCUGCCGCCAUCGCUGCAGAAAGAGCCCUCCGCUCCUGCCCUUUCCAGAAAAGCCAAGUAGCCGGCUGCUUCCUCUAGCUCCUCUUGGAGCCUCUCCUUUCCUUCCUCCCAGGGUUAGUUUUCUCGUGGGCCUCUGCCACCAGGGCCCUCUCGACCAGAUGUUAAUGCUGUGACACGGCUCACUCUCAACCAGCAGCCUGGCUCAUCUGGGAAGCAAGCCGCUUGACUUUCCUCCAACCAGGCUUCCCACCCCCCACUCCCCUCCAAGGAGGGCACAACCCACCCUCCUUUGGUUAGCAUUGCCCUUUGGACCCUGCUGGCAUCCCCCCUUUCAGCCACAUGGAGGACACUGUCUGUCCAGGGUGUGUGUGUG